UUCGACGUCGAGCGAUCUCUCUCUAUAUACAUCCGAUCAUACGGCACAUCGGAGUCUCGUUGUCAUAAUAAUCUUUGGCGUAUACUACGCGUACCGACACGUUCGAAAUUCAAAAUAGUCGGUCGCCCCCGCAGUGCAGAACACACCUAUUAAAAAGCCGGGCAACGAACGACAACGUGUUGUGUUAUUGUACGGUAUAUAUAGCGAUCUACACAAAUCCGUGCCGAAGCGGCUUUAAUAACGCAUAUAUACAAGACAGUGCUCCAGAGCGCAGACGGUCUUAUAUACGCUGCACACACAACGCAGUGACGUGUGUGCGCGUCUUAGAUACCGUACUAUAUAGUGCUGCACAGUGUUAGGAGUUUAGGACUCUCCUUGUGCGGGUAAGACUCGGUGCUGCUGCUGCUCUCCGUCGUGACGACGACGAACGACCGUAGAGAGUCUCGUAUACACGUAUAUGUAUCGGUGUGCGCGUGCGUCACUGUCUGUGUUAGUGAGUGCUGCGCGCCUAUAAUAUAGUGUGUGUCCGUGUGUGUGUGUGUGCCUGUAUAAUUGUAACUCACACGAGACUCAGAGGUUGUGAGUCGCGCAGCGUGGCUCUCUCGUUGUCAGUGUUGUAUAUGUGUGCGUGCGUGCGUUAAUAUUACCUGGUGUGUGAACCUCUCUCGCGUCGCGUUGACUCUCUGCGUAUAUGAUCGAGCUGUGUUGUGCCGUCUAUAGUAGUGGUGAGUCGUGAUUUGUGCACCUUUUUUUUUCUCUCAAAAAAAGCACACGAACCACCGCUUCUGCUGCCGUACUCGUAGUGUCGUAGUAGAAUCAAGUGUCAAUAUUACACACGAUAUAUAUAUAUAGCCCGAGCAUUCGCCGAGACGAGAGAGAGAUUGACCCCGAGAAGAUUGUGUCGGCCGUUUAAAACUCCGUAUCGUUUUUAAAGUGCGCUGUGUGCUGUGCUGCUGCUGCUGCUGCUGCUGCUGCUGCUGCUGGUUGCAUGCCUCGAGCGCGCACGAGGCAAACAAACUCUUCCUCCAGUUAUUGUACAUAAUAAUAUACAAGUGAGAGAGAGAGAGAGAGAGCAACGACAACGAUCAUCGUGUCAUCCGCGUCCACAGCUGUGGAUAGACAACUGUGAGCGUGUAAUUGUAUAUCAGUGAAACAUAUACUUAAACAUCGGCUGUGAUGGACUCUAGCGUUGAAGGGCACCAGACGCUAGUCAAAGAAUCCGACCAGGAUGUUGUUAUGUCCGAAGAACCUAUGAUAUCAAAUGGGCUGAAUGGUGACUGUGACUUGGAAGGCGAUGCAGUCUCUCCAAGUGCUGAUAAGCACCAGGACAAAAAUGAGGGCUUAAAACAAAUCAAUGUUAGCAAAAGUGCGUCUGACAAAAAGUCAUGUAGUGACGAGGGUGAAUCCAAUGUUGACUCUAUGGAAGUUGAUGAAAUAGUGGACGAUAGUGGUGUUCAAACUUCUGACAAUAGUGCUAAAAAAUUAUCAAACAACAGUGACAAUCAAUCUAAUAUUGAUAAAAAACAAGCUGCUGUAAUUGAGUUAUUGAGCAAUAGUGCUUCUUCUAUUGAAUCUGUGGAGGAGCCAAAAAAAGCUGACCAGACAGAUGCCAGCCUUCACAUAUCCGAUGCUGUAAUGCAGGAGGAAAAUGGCAGUGGUAGCGGUUCGGAUAUUGAAGAAAUAUCUUCUGGGGGUAAGAGUAAUGGUCAUGAUGAUAAAAAUGGUGCUGCUGUGCUGGAAGCAGAUACUUCCCUAAAAAAGAAAAAUAAGAAGCCCAUCGUGGAUCUGAGUAUCACACCACGUAGGAGUUCGCGUAACGUCAAUCGCAAGAGCUAUUUGGAGCGCGACAUGGAAGAAGAAGGAGCAUUGACUAUUGACAAUAAUUCAGAUGUUGAAGAAAUUAAACCUGAAGAUCCUUUGGCUGAAACAGAUCGUAGUAAAGACAAAGAAAACUCCAAGUUUAAAUCAUCAACAACAUCAAUUAUGAAAGGCUUAAUACCAAACAGUAAAAACACAAUUGUAGUUAACGAUGCCAAACGUCUUGUUGAAAUAGCAGCUGGGAGUAAAAAUAUGAAAGGAAACAAAAAAGAACCCACUCUGGUCAUCAUUGACACAAAUUCUAUAUUAUCGGGAAAAGGUGGUGUUCCUGUAUCAAAAUCCUAUCACUCGUCACCUCUAAAUUCAUCAGGUAGCUCCUUGUCAGUUACGCCAAUUGGUGUGCCACAACAAAUUUAUGGCAAUUCAAGGACCACUAUUACACCUGUGCCAAUACCACAUCAAUUGGGCUCUAACAAAUCUACCACUAUUACCCCUGUCAUCAAUCCUAUGAUACAAGCACAGUUGCAGCAACAACAUCAAGAGAUGCAACGACAGUUGCAACAACAACAACAACGACAACAAGAAGAAGAAAUGCAGAGACGGCAUCGAGAGCAAGAGUUACGUCAGCAGCAAGAGUUGCAGCGACAGCAACAACUUAUUUUACCCACUCUUACAGAUGACAUGUUUGUUGUUGAAGCACCGUCCUUCAUUGUACCUUAUGUAUAUGAAAAACCUCCAGUCAAGCCGCUCAAACAGUUUAUCAGUAAACUUGAUAAAAGUAUUAAAGAAUUUACAAAAGCAGAGAAAAAAGAAAGAAAAGAAGCACGUGAAAAAGCCAAAGCAGAGGGUAAAACUCUACCAGAUGAUUCGGAUGAUGAUUCAGAUGACGGUGAUAAACCAGAAAUAAUAACUGAAGUACCUGCUGAUGCUGACAAAAAUAAAUUGCAAACUUAUUUUGACCUACCAAUCGGAAAGUUCUUUACGACGAUUGGUAUGAAUCUCGUACAGGAAUAUGUACAAACAGAUUUACUGAGAACUCAGAAAAGAAAACAGAAAAGUGGCGGUACUACAGCUGAAACACAAAUGGCAAUUAAUUCAUUGAUGAGGAACCUUGAGUACAGUAAAGAAAAUAACGAACCGUUCCACUUAGAAAUGAAAAAAUGCGAGUUUUGUAACUUCAAAACCGAAUCUGCUUUGGUCAUGCAACAUCAUUUGGAAACUCCACACAUGCGUAAUUAUGCAUACAAAUGUAAUUAUUGUUCUGUUGAGCAACGCAGUCCUCACGAUAUAUUAUAUCACAUGGAAGCAGAGCAUAAUAUUCGCGGUAGAUUAGAACGUGGACCAGCUUUCCAUCAGUGCCCGAAUUGUCCAUUUGAAGAUAAUCAGAAGGGAAAACUUAGUCGUCACAUAAUCGCUUGUGCAAAGAAAUUUAGGCCUGAAAGAAACUUGGAGCCAGCAAUGGAUUGGGAACCAGCAGCCAAAAUACCUAGAUCACACCGACCGAGAAAUAUGGGACCUCAAAUGACUGCUACUAAUCUAGCAGCUAUGCAAAAUGCAGCGAAAAAUUCUCAAUUACCGAAAUUGUUGCCUGCACCAGUUACCGGAAGAGGUAGAGGAAGACCUCCCAUGCAACCGAGAUUCCCUGACAUGAAAGCCAUGUCUAGACCUUCUGUUGGCUCACCGGGUGGUUUAAGACCUGAUCAAUAUGCCGCUGCUGCGAGUAUGAUGUAUCGUCAGGGUACUUCUGGUAUGAUGGGACCAAACUCGUUCCCUAUGAACAGUGGAAACCAGCUAUUCCACCAGGUGACGGGUAGUUCGGGUGGCGUCAUGUCUAACUUGAGUAGUGGCUCCGGCAGAAGCUCCGGACCAAUGGUUCUGCCAAUGCCUAAUAUUAAUGAUGCCCAGUCUAGGUUACUUUCAUCUCAGAAUACCUCGAUUAAUAAUGCUAAUCGCAAUCCAGCGGCUAAGCUGAUGAACCAGCCCAGUAUAUCGAUAACUCCUUUACCACGGGCUGCUGCAACGUCGUCAGGCUCAGCGUCAGGUAGUAACCAAUUCAAAGCAGGCGGAAAGAGCACUUUUGUUAUCUGCGAAAUUUGCGAUGGCUAUAUCAAGGAUUUGGAACAACUCAGAAACCAUAUGCAAUGGAUUCAUAAAGUGAAAAUCCACCCCAAGAUGAUUUACAACCGACCACCUUUGAAUUGUCAAAAGUGUCAAUUCAGAUUCUUCACAGACCAGGGUUUGGAGAGGCAUCUACUAGGUUCUCAUGGUUUAGUUACAUCAAGUAUGCAAGAAGCAGCUAACAAAGGCAAAGAUGCUGGUCGUUGUCCAUCAUGUGGCAAAGUUUAUCAAUGGAAAUUGCUGAAUCACGUUGCUCGCGACCACGGGUUGACAUUGAAACCUGCUCAUCUAUCUUACAAAUGUACAGUGUGCACAGCGACGUUUGGCAUGUAUAAACAAUUUGAAACUCACGUGUAUACGGCUCAUAGUGCAGUGAACAAACGUGCUGCUGACAAAAAGAGUAGCACUCUGACAUCGCCAUCUACAAAGGCGAAUGAUUCACUAUUGAAACCACUAAAAAUUAACGACGAAAUCACGAUUAUUGCUCAACCAGCUAAACCAGCAAACAGUAGAUCGUCGAUAGGCCCACAGCACUCAAGGCAAAAAUAAUGAUAAAAUAAUGUAUAUUAUGAUCUCGAUGAAAAGUGUUUGAGAAUGAAAUUUAAUUCUUUAGCGCGAUUUCAAGAGUGUCUCCGUGCGUUCAAAAACGUGCGGAAAUCAGUAAUGCUCCUUUAAAUAUAAAUAGUUUAUGGAGUCACGAGACGCCUUUAUUAAAGCAGAAUUGAAAUUCAUAGUUGUAGUUUAAAACAUCAAUAUUCGUUUUUCAACAUUAUUUAAAAGAAAUGUAUGAUAAUUUUUCAAAGGGGCAUAUUAUUGUAAAAAUAAGGCUCACAUAGACACUUGACGACGAAAGGAGUAUUGGGAUUUAUUAUGAUUACGUAAUGAUACUACUAAGUUGGAAUCAAUAUUAUAAAACGUAUAUUUAUUUAAGAAUUUUUAUUGUUGUUAUCGAAGACACACGAUAAUAGACUGUGAAAAAAAUUAUAAAGUUGAAAUGAACAUUUACGGAUAAAAAAAAUCAUUAAGUCACAAAAAAGAGGGUGGCCUUCAAUACGAUUUCUUGGUUGAUUGAUGAUACAUCGAGUUGCAUCGUUUUUUGUUCUAUUGUAACAAUAUCAGACUACGAAUUCACAUUAUUCAAAAUUUCAGUCGUAGAUUAGGUAAUGUUGAAUCUAUUAUUGAAUAAAUAUUAAAAUUUAUCUUUAACAUGAUUCGUUGUAUAUCACCUAACAUAUGAAGUGCUACAAGUCAUUUAGAUGUAAAAAUGAUCUUUUCAUACCUACUUAUGACAAAAAAUAAAUAUAUCUUGUGUCUUUCUAUAUAUUUUCUUGGUUUGACGUAUGUGUAAUGAGAUGUGAAAGACACUGUCACUGUGUAUAAUUGGUAAGCGAUAUAAAUAUAAAUUGAAAAAAGUCUAUAAGUAUAAGUAAAAUACUUGGACUGUUUUAUUCCUUAUUUACUCGCUUUCGCGACAAUUUUACUAUUCGUACUAACGAUGAUUGAUUAUGCUCAUCGACACUUACCAUGAGUAUUUUAUAUGUUAUAAAUUUUGCUGCUUUUUUUUGUUUUUGCUUAUUUGAACGUACGCAUUAAAAUUCAACACAAUCAUGUAAAAAAAUUAAAUAAAUACUUUAUUUUUAUUUCGAUUUCGAAAUAAAUCUAACUAUUUAUUGACCGUAGUUACAUUAUGAAACUCCCAAUUGUUGUAUAGAAGUUUUUUACGAAAAAAUGAUCGAUCUUUACAGACCGGAUUUGAUAUUAAUAGUAUAUGAUAAUUUUAGGUAGGUAAAGUGAAGAAUAUUUAGAAUCACAUGUAAAUUGUUAACAACAGAUUCUAAACUAUUCUUUAUUGCUUCCUGAAGUUAAUACAAUUUUCCGUUAUUUCUUCAGCAGAAAGUAUCAAUUGAAGCUGGCUACUUGCGAUUAGAGUAACACGAAAAGAAUAUUUAAUUGAAACAUAAACCUGUAAGUUCUCUGAUUUCUUUUACCUGACAGUUGAGAAAUGUUUACGAUGCUAAUUAAGUACCUAUGAUGAAAUCUCGUGAACAAUUUUUGUACUUGUUAAAUUUUCAUUAAUUGUUGUUAAUAUAAUUUACUUCAAUUUUUUUCAGAAAAAUUUAAUUUUGCCUUUUCAAAGCCUACUUUUCAUUUGAGUAGCUCUUAUAGUGAAUCUGUAAAUGGGAAUAAUUAAAAUUAUACGUGAUUAAAAAGCAUCAUAAAAAUUGUAAAGUGUACCUAUUACUUCUAUUGUAACUAUAAGUCGGAUCUAAAACCAAAAAUGAUCCAUCGUUACGAUAAAAUAUUCGAUUUUAUUUUUUGCUUAUCUACAGUAAGAAUAUGAGAAAAUGUACUAUAAUUUUAGAGUAAAAUAAAGUGAAAACAUAUAAAAGAAAA